GCAUCGCUCCUAUUUGAGGGGAGCUACUGAACAACACGGAGUCUGAUUGGCCGGGAGAUGCUGUCUGUCCAAUGGGAGCGCCUUUUGUUACCUUCACCCGAUAAUGGAAAAUGUGAAAUAGGGGACAUUUUGGUGCUGGAAGGAAGGGUGUGAAAAUACUACAAAUUACCCGGAAUAUAAGCACUUUUUUGGGGGCAGCUUCUGACUAACAUCCCGUGCAAUGGCUCCACGGUUCACCGUAUAAACAUCCAUAAAGUAUGGACGGGUGGAGCCCAAUCGUGGCCUCGGAUAAUGAGCGCUCCAGCUCCGAGGGGGAGUACAUGCUGGAGCCCGGACCCGGAGAUGGCACCCAGGAGGCGGGGGUCGGAGAGAGCAUGGACCCCGGUGGAGGAACCGGUGCUGCUGCUGCUGCUGCUGCUGCUGUGGGGUUCGGGAUGAGUGGGACCGGGGAGGGGAAGCUGGUGCUGGGUCGGGUCGGACAGAGGGACGAAAAGGAGCUGAGGUUCCUGCACCUGCUGUGGGAGCCGGGCAGAGCCGAGCUCGGGCCCGGGGCAGUGAGCAGCAGGGCGGGGAAGGUGAGCUGCAGGCGGCACCACAGGCUGGGCCGCAGCCUCGGUCCCCUGGGGAAAGAUAUCUAUGCUGUGAAACGACUGAGGGAAGCAGCAAACAGCAACGACAUCGACACAGUGCGAAAGCUCCUGCAGGAGGACAUCGACCCCUGUGCAGCCGACGACAAAGGAAGGACGGCCCUCCAUUUCUCGUCCUGCAACGGCAACGAGAGCAUCGUGCAACUGUUGCUGAGCCACGGCGCUGACCCCAACCAGCGAGACAGUCUGGGGAACACCCCCCUCCACCUGGCGGCCUGUACCAACCACGUGCCUGUGAUCACCACGCUGCUGAGAGGAGGAGCCCGCGUGGACGCGCUGGACCGAGCCGGUCGGACCCCUCUUCACCUGGCUCGCUCCAAACUGAAUAUCCUGCAGGACGGAGACUCACGCAGCAUAGAGACCCUGAGGGGGGAGGUCACUCAGAUCAUCCAGAUGCUGAGGGAGUACCUGAACCUGAUGGGUCAGAGUGAAGCUAAAGAGAGGCUGGAGCACAUUUCCACUCAGCUGCAGCACACACGCACCAAAGAGCAGGUGGACGAGGUGACCGAUUUAUUGGCCAGCUUCACAUCACUCAGUCUACAGAAACAGAAUCUGGGGGAUAGGUAGAAGAUAAAGUAUAAAGAGAGUUAACGUCCUGCUGCUGUUCAACAACGCUUCUGCUCCACGAGCCUUAACCAGAUACACACGCACACACGCACACACACACACACGCACACGCUUAAUAAUGCCGGGUGUUUCUGUAAAUACUGGCUAACAUAAACACUCUUAUCUUGGUUCAAAUAAAACCAAAACUCAAAUGUUAAAGCCCAGUUGUGCAGUGUGGUAUCCAUUAAAGGGAUGGACAGAAAAGAGUUUCAUGUGUUGGUUUUUUAAAUAAAAAGGACAAAAGAAAUGCCUCUGGGAGAAAUGCAUUACAAGGAACAGCUAGUGGAACAGAUGCCUACCCAGAAUGCAGCAGGAUCUCAACUCUCGAUUGUGUGUGUGUGUGUGUGUGUGUGUGUGUGUGUGAGGGAAAGUGUGUGUGUGUGUGUGUGUGUGUGUGAGAAUCACGGCUGUGUCCUUGUGUUCUCUUUCUGCCUGCAGAAUAAUUCUGAGUCAUGUUUCUCACAAAGUGUUUGAACAGUUCUCUCUGGUCUUUGUUUUAAACGGCGUCUCUGUUGCCUUCUCUCGCUCGUGCUGCAUGUUUGUGAAGUGUAGUGUAAAGAAAUGACUUGAUAUUUGUUGGAAAAUUGAUUUAUGUGAUUCAAUAAAUCAAUUUGUUUGGCUAUA